CAACUACUUUUUAUAUAGUGAAUAUUUUGAUAAGUACAUUUGUUUGAAUAUAUGUUUUUACUGGUUAUAUGGCAGCAGCAGAAUAAACUAGUUUUUAUCUCUUUUAAUCUGCCAAACAUUAUUCUAAAGGCUUUGAUAGUUCAGGGAAAAAACAAGAAAAGGUUAACGUUAUCCUUGUCUGUAAGUCCAAAAAAUAUUGCGGUAUUAUAGAGAGUAUAGACAUGUUGCACGUAGCUUUUGUGUCUGAUAAGUGAAACCAGUGUAUGCUGUAGAGACUGUUAUCUGUCUAAUGGCCAAAAUUCUGGCCAAUUCUUUUGAAGAAAUCUGGUUGUAUAAAAAGUUCUGGGAAAAAUAGCUCGUGUCACUUGAUCUUUGACCGCUGUGGGUUCAGUUUCUAUUUUCAGUUCUUACUUAAUACAACAUGAUUUUCAUUUUGUAAAUUAUGGUCCCGAUAAAUGUGCAGACAGAAAGUAGUGUUUAUAUAGAGCUACAGUACGGUACACAAGUCUUGAGCUCAUUUCUUUAUAUUUUACUAGGAAAAUGGGAAAUCGGUGCAGAUUGAACGGCAAUGUUUGGUGUGACUAGCUUUAUUCUUCAUCACAGCUUGAAGUCUCUUAGGCAAUUUUCUUGUCAUUUGUUGAAGUAGUCUGCAGGAAUCGUUCACCAUGCUUCUUGAAGGACAUUCAAAACUUUUUUGGGGAUGUUGGCUGCCUUUUGUUCCCACUCUGCUUUACUAGUGUACAGUCUGGACUUUGGGGAGGCAAAUCCAUGUCUAAAAGUGCUGCACAUUGUCUUUUUAAUUUAAUUUAUUGCAUUAACAGCGCAUUUGAAUCAUUGUGAUGCUGAAAAUUGAAACUGUUGCCAUUCGGAUGCUUUCGAGAUGUUAUUGCAUGGUGGCUCAAAAUCCAUCUGUUGUUUUCUGAAUUUAAAACUCCAUCUAUUUUGGCAAGAUCCCCCAAACUACUGGCUUAAAUGCAGCACCAAACCAGGAUGGAGCCUCCAAAGUGUUUUGCAGAUGUCUGUUGACACUCACUGUCAUAUCACUUUCCUGACUCCCUCUGUACUGAUGAUGAUUUCAGCCAAAAUUUUCACUUUGUUGGAGUGUUUCAUUGGCCCUGCAGGGGAACCUCCUCUUGCUUGAGGAGAUUUAAGGUGUCACAGAUCAGAGUUUAGUAAAGGCCAAAGUCUGUUAGAGCUCAGGUGACUGCAGCUGUCUGACCUCUGAUCAGCAGCAUAGAUAUUGACAAGGACAAGAGCUGUGUGUGUUUAUGUGUGUAUAGAGCCCAGAUGUACAUCUGACCCAGGAUUUAUUAUCAUCUCUCCAUAGAGUCACAACCUGGCUCAGCUGACUACAGGUCUGCAUUUUCUUUUCUAUUCUCAGUUUUAUGUAACACUCCCAUCUUUGUCCCUCUUCUCCUUAUAAGCUCUCCCUGGAGAUUUUGGUACCACACGCCCAUCUGCUCAUGUCCCCUGUCCAGCUGUCCAGGUCGCAAGCCAUGGUGACAAAUGGGCCAAACACUGUUACUUACCUUUAAACAGUGGAAGAGGAAGUAUACAUUUUUUUUGUUUGUUUUUAGGUCCUAUGCAAUGCGUAAAGACAGAAUGAUAAAAUUAAAUUAUAAACCUUUUCAAAUCAGAGGUAUUAUCAGCAAAAUAGUUAAGCAAUAAAAGUAAAUUGGCAUUGUGUUCAAUGAUCUUUAAUAAACAGCUAUUACACUAUUUAAAAUGACGAAAUAAUAUGGAUAAUACACAAGAUAGUUAAUAACUGGUUUGCAAACCUUCUGUCGAUUUAGCUUCAAAAGAAGCAGCGUCUAUGUGUGGCUGAUACUUGGCAUCGAGUUUUAGUGGUGACAUAAUGACACCGAACCAAUGUGAUGAAAGAGUCUCUCUGCGCUCUCUGGAUGAUGAAUUCUGUUUGUCUGUAAUUCCAUGCUGUAAAUCGGGCGCACAAUGGAAUUAUGGUCUGCGUGGGGUUUUUUUAAAUUUCCAUCUUUCUAUUUUGGAGCCAUGCCAUUAUAACACUCCAAUUCUUGUUUUUUUUUUUCUUUUUUUUUCUUUUUUGCACACAAACCCUAGGAACACGCGCACACACUAAUCAGGGACAGCACGCACACAGGAUGGAUCCUGUUCUUUAAUAAAAGGGGGAAAAAGAAAGUAAGACUUUCCUCACUUUCCGUUAUUUAGAACUCAUAGAAAGCUCGGGUGGGUUGGAGACUUUCCUGGUGUGUUUGGUGCCCGAGGUCAGAGUGAGCGGUGUGCCGCGUAACAGAUGCCGCACGGAGAAAUAAGCCUUUAAUACCCACAGGACUCGGGAAGGGGCAACUACACUCAACUCACAUCAGCGACUUAAGUGAAACCCUUCACGCAACUCUCGCAGUCUCCGGUGGUGUCCUCGGCGUCGCGGUUCUGAGAAGAAAUUGCAUCCUCACGCUCAAACUGGCGCGCAGGGAACACGCGUAUCUGUUGCGCUGAAGAGCAUCCUCGGAGUUAUCCACCUGAGUGGAGGGAGAACCACUCUCAUGGCAUCCUUGCCCAUUUGUUUACUGGAGCCAGGUGAAUGGUGAUUUGAAGUGGUCGUUACAGCCUUGGAAUAGCGCUACAGGACACCUUUAACUGCCAUGCCGCCCAAAAAGAAGGGAGAGCAUAAGGACACAGAUGUCGUUGAGGAAAGAAACGCCCAGGUGCAGCUGGAGAAAGCAAAGUACAAGCCUGUGGCAUUUGCUGUACGAUGCAACUUCUCUUACACGCCAGCAGACGAUGACAACGUCCCUGUACCAGGCCAGGCUGUCACUUUUGAGGCCAGGGACUUCCUACAUAUCAAAGAGAAGUUUAACAAUGACUGGUGGAUCGGACGGCCGGUGAAGGAGGAUGGUGUGGUGGGCUUUGUCCCCAGUCCAGUCAAUCUGGAAACCAUUCUUAUCCGUAGAGAAGUCCAAGCGAGGAAAGCUGCCAAGGCAUUAGCCAACAAAGCUGCAUCUCAGGUAGCUCAAGAUAUGAACUCGAAGAAAUAUACUCCUCCAUCACAAGCCAAUCAGCAGGUGAAAAAGAAGCCGGGGGAGCAGGUGGCUAUGUAUGAUGUAGUGCCUACAAUGCGCCCUGUGGUUCUAAUGGGACCAUCACUGAAGGGCUUAGAGGUAACAGAUAUGAUGCAAAAAGCACUAUUUGACUUUUUAAAACAUCGAUUUGAAGGCAGAAUUACUAUUACGCGGGUAACAGCAGAUAUUUCACUGGCAAAACGAUCCAUCCUCAACAACCCUGGCAAAAAGGCCUUAAUGGAUCGCUCCAACACCCGCUCCAAUUUAGAUGCUGCCGCUCAGAUCCAAGGGGAGGUGGAGCGUAUCUUUGAGCUCGCCCGCAGUCUGCAGUUGGUCAUUUUAGACGCAGACACCGUCAACCACCCUAUGCAGGUGUCCAAGACCUCCCUAGCUCCAAUUCUUGUCUAUGUAAAGAUCUCCUCACCAAAAGUGUUGACAAGACUGAUCAAGACCAGGGGGAAGUCUCAGACCAAACAUCUCAAUGUUCAGCUUGUGGCAGCAGACAAGCUUGCUCAAUGUCCACCAGAAAUGUUUGAUGUCAUCUUAGAUGAAAACCAGCUAUCGGAUGCCUGUGAGCACAUUGCUGAUUACCUGGAGUCCUAUUGGAGAGCCACUCAUCCGCCAGAGAUGGAGCCUGCCAACGCAGUGGUGGCCCAGCUGGCUGAGAAUACACUGCCUGCCAGUCCUACAGUAAUACCGGAUGAGCAGAGAAGCAAGAAGUCAGGUGCCCCUAAGAGGAAAGGCUCACGGGAGAACCAUCUAGACCAUGAGCCCCCUUCAGUCCCGGCUCAGGAGCAGACCGCUGAGGAGGGCCAGAGAGAGGAGGAAGAGCGGCUCCUGAAGACUGAGCCAAAAAGACCCCAGCACACCCACCACCAUCACCAUCACCACCACCACCGGCGGACGGAGCACCACAGCCACGUCCAGCACAGCCAGACUUCAGGUGGCAUGGAAAUACAGUCGAGCAGGGAUUACGCCUCAAGGCCUCCUCGAAGGUACAUGCCCGAGGAGAGGGAUGGCGAGGUGGACGAUGUCCUAAAGGAGGACGAGGAGGAGAUUUACUGUAACUUCCGGGUUCAUAACCACCAUCAUCACAACAGUAACCACCAGCACCAUCACCACCACCACCACCAACAUCAUCGUGGAAACAUCCAGCCAUAUGUUGGGGAGGACUACGAACAGGAGCACAAUGAGCGCAACCGGCAGCACAGACAUCACCAGCAUAUUCCACCACGGACACACCACACAACGGAUCACUAUACUGCACACAACCAUCACAGCUACCACCACUACCCAGGCAGAGACCGGGAGAGAGACAGGGACAGAGAUAGGGAAAGAGAAAGAGACAGAGAUAGAGACAGAGAUAGGGAUAGGGAUAGAGAAAGACAUAAGGACAGGGAAAGGGACAGGGAUAGGGAUCGAGGUAGAGAUAGAGAUAGAGAUAGAGACAGAGAUGCUCGACAGUGGCACAGAGAUUCCUAUAUACACUAGUGACUGUUGUUUCUACUCCAGGUUGAUGCAUGGAAUUAUGCUUCUCACCUUAUAAUGCACUAAUGGGCAGGGCAGGUUAUGUCUUCUUUGUAGUCAAUGUUUCUCCUCAUAUUGCAUUUUUUAAAGAUUUACCCUGUCCCACAUGCACACAUCUGGUUCUUUCUUAUUUUAGCUCUUGUAAGAUAAAAUUUUUUGUAUGUUUUAUCCUAAGUCUUACGGCUCCAUACGUGUUUUGGCACAAACAGUGGUCAAGGUUAAACUGCAUCAGAACACUCAUGACUCGCUCUAGUCUAGUGUUCACGAUAAUAAUUUCAUAUAUAAUUUCAGUAUCCACUAAGGUUACUUUUUUAAUUUGUCAUGAUCACAGCAGCCAAUAGAUUUGUCUGACCAUCAGUCCAAUAUCAAAAGAUGCUCAGUUUACAGUAAUUCAGAAUAGCAGCAACAACAAAAAACAUGUAUUAUGUUUUGAUUCAGUAUACAGUAGCUGUGACAUCAGACUAAAAUGUUUUACUGUGACUUUGUUUUGAUAUUGUGAAACAUUAUUUUGUGUCAACUUGGUUCUUGAACCAAACAAAACAAUCAGUUUGGAAAUGUCACUUUAAGCUAUGGGGAACUGCAAUUUGAAUCUUUAACAUUUUAUUGACUAAAGAGUAAAUUUACUAAUGUAUAAAGUGGCAGGUUAAUCAAUUAAACGAAAUCAUUAGUUGCAGCCCAUUAAUGUUUAUCUCCCUUAUCAGACAAUUAACUAACUCAUUAAAUGCACAAAAUGUGAAAGAAAAGUUACAACAAUGAAUGUUGUAUUUUAGGAUAUUUUUUUCUACAUAUCUGCACAGUGAGAUUUUUUUGUUUGAUCAAAUGUUCAUACAACUGUGGCGAACAACUGACUUGUGCAUUUCGGUGUCACAUCUUCAUUUAAAUUGGUGUGUCCAAAGACAAGUUAUUUUAAACACUGUUAUGAAAAGUCAAACUAUUUUUCUACAUGAUUUGAGAGUGAAGUCACUACUUUACUUCCUACUUUUUACACUGGUGUACAAGCAUAUUUACUGACUUGUGUUUGCUGUGUCUGGAAGCAUGAAUAAUCUUUUGGUGACACUGACCUGUGCUAUAUGCUGGAUACUCUAUGCAUCUUCUUGUGAUAAAAUAUAUUGCUUGAAUACAAUCUCUAUGCAUUUGUACAUACUUCAUAAUUGCCUUGUUAAGUAAAUGUAAGGAGAACCAGAGAGCCUCUUGCACUGUUUGGUAAGACUUUGGUAGAACCACAGACUUUAACAAGACGGGAUUGACUCUGUUCCUUUUAAGACUUUUUUUUUGGGCUAUCUUUGUUUGUUUGUUGGUUGGUUUUGUACAGCAUUCAGAAGUUAAUUUCGACAAAUAUGCAUUCUAUUAUUGAAAAUCAUUAAACUGUAAAAUGUGUUAAAUGA